GUGUUGCACUAUAGCUGCCAAGUUAAAAGCUAGCUCAGGGGAAACUAAACACCAUUUGGUUGUACCGCAUCAGUCCAUCUGAGAUUCUCCUAAGAUAAUACCAGUAAUGUUAAAAUGCCCAAGCUUCUGUUUUCCAGGAUUCGGUUUAGUGAUAUAAAGGAUUUAUUGCCAAAUGUUCAGCGGCCAAGAAGGAUUGAUAUUGUUUUAAGUCGGAGGAGGAGAAACAUCAACAUAUGGCGCCUCUGUCAAAAUUUAAAUGAUGAGACAUGUCCUUCCAACCUCAGCUGGAAGACUGACCAGAAAUUUGACCUGUGUCUGGAAACAUUAUUGAGAGAUAAAAAGUACAGAACACCAUUCCGGUCUUUCCUGGAGUCUGAGUUCAGCGAGGAAAACCUUGAUUUUUGGCUCGCAUGUGAAGAAUUUAGGUCAACUUCGGACGACCUGAAAUGGAGAGCUGAGAAGAUCUAUGAGGAGUUCAUCAGACCUACAGCAUGCAAAGAGAUCAAUGUAGACCACAGAGUCAGAGAGAAGAUCCAGGAGUCGUUGAAGAAACCAAGUCGUUGCUGCUUUGAUGAGGCCCAGAAACAAGUUUACCUUCUGAUGCUAAGAGACUCCUGUCCCAGAUUCCUUCACUCAGAUGCUUACCUUAGUUUGAAGUGCAAAUCUAGGACUCAGUGGUAUAUUUAGGAAAAACAAUGCCGCUUAUCCCAUGUCCGGGAAAACAUUUUUUUAAUCCAUGUGCAUGUAACACCAACACUGUGCAACUAAAGAUCUUGUAUGUUUAGAAAGCCAUUUAAAAGAAUGGGCAU